AUGCCUUCAGCGGUGUCGAAUCAGAGCAACUACUACGCAGCUCACCACCGGCGUCAAUCUUCUCAGUCGCAGACAAACUUGCCAGAUCAGAUCAGAAAUACCGGCUCACAACUCCAGUCACCUAACCGAUCACUGGUCUAUCUCCCAUCCACAGCAUACUCCCCAUCGCAACCUGCGCUCCAGCAUUCUAGGACGUCAUCACUCUCCGGCCCUUCAGGAUCGGCCUCAAGGCUGGAUUCUGUUCGCAAUGAGGAUAUCCAGAAUGACCCACACGAUUUUUACCGCCAGUAUCAGGAUCCCUUUGCACACUCAUCACUUGUCGCCUUGCACCAGGAAGCCAUACGACCAGACCCAAUUGAACGAGCAGAAGAGCCACCCGUCACGGCUCGAAAAUCCAGCUUCAGCACUGACGACAGGAUAGCCAAGGGCUCAAGUGGUGUUCGAAAAUUAUCCUUAAAUACCCAGACUUUGCCUAAUGGUACGUACGAUGGCAGGCACACCAAAUCUUCUGGACCAGUACCCAAUACACUGAAGUCAAGAAAGGCUUCCUUCAAAGACCUGGUAGCUCGGUUUGAUGCUUCGCCUGACGACGUUCCACCAUUGCCCACGCAGCAAGUAUCCCGACCCGCCUCGAGAACCGCAAGCCCCAUGCCAUAUGGCUCUGUGGAUACCUCCCAUUCUUAUCACCCUCAAGUCAAGCGACCGUCAUCAAGAGUCUCGGAGACUUCAAGGAGGGCAGGGAGUGCACUCGGAUUCAGAUCCGUUGCGAACGAGAAAUCUACUCACUCGAGAGAUACAUCCUCGGCCAGUGGAUUGAGUCAAGUAGCCAGCAAUCCCGAAGUCCCGGCCAUUGGGCGGCAAUUGUUGUUUGGUGAGGUUCCCUCCUCUGCAGCCAAUCUUCCUGCUGCACCAGGCUACGGCAUUUACAAUGCUCGUCGGCGACGAGGCUCGGAAGGAUCGCCAAUGCAUAGCCCUAACCCGAUGUUUUCAACGAGCCGCGGCCAUACUCAACCAGCAGCGCCUCCAAUCGCACCUCCGGCCAUGCACUCCCCCACUUCUGUCACUGCUUAUAGAGGCCAUUCCCAGUCCCGACCUUCACACCGACGAGCAAAUAGCGAUAUUUCUGGACCACCGUCCAAGGCUUUCUUGCGAGGAGAUCAAACGCCGUCUUCCCGACCUCAGGGUAGCAGUAAUAGACACACGGCAGAAUCAUCCUCGAAGUCGAAUGCACAAUCACGGAUUCCGUUAAGCACAAGGCACCAACGUAUUGCAUCAGACUCUGCAGCGAUGUCGCCCACAAGCCGUCCCGCUGUUAACCCCCACCAGCAGCUCCCUUUUCGGGCUCUAGAAACCGGACCGAAGGAAACAAGGCGUUCUCCGUCAGGAGAGCGACAGCAGGACAGCCCCAAGCGACAGCCACGAUCUCCGGUGCAAAUAAAAAGCCCCAAUAACCGUGGACGCCUCCCUGCCACGGCAAAUGGUGAAAAGAGUCCUUCUCUUCGGGCGAAUAUCAUCGCCCCUCCCCCGAAGGUCUCCCCGCCCCUCAGAAGCUCGAGACCGAGACUCCCCGUGUCAUCUGCCACGACCGCAGCGUCUCGUGCAAAAAUGGCAGAAAAAUUCCAGACCAUGGCCAAACAACAAAGUGACAGAAAAGCUUUCAGACGACAGAGGCCGCCAGAAUUGAGUGAUAUCGAUCUGAAGGCUCGCCGACUUAAAAUCACUCAGGCUUUGAGCCGGUCUCGAGAAGGACAAGAUUUGAAAGGCGGAAACACAGAGAAUCUUGACAGUUCAAUCAGCCGUGUAGACAGUAUGACACCUUCCUUCGAUGAUUCUGAUGGAUCCGACCAACGUCAAGAAACACUUGAGGUUCCUGCUGUCAUUGUGAACGAAGCUCCUAUAGAAACGGCCGAGGAGCACGCAUUCUACAGUGGCAAUGAAGAAGGUGCACGGGAUCAACGGGCAUUUACCCAAACCGCCUUAAAGGUUGUUGAAGGAAACAUACAGUCUUCGUCCGUUGAGGUAGACUCGCCUACGCUUGGUCAUGCUGAGGCUGGCUUCAGCACUAUUCCUUUCAGCCUGAACACACACUUGCAACCUGCACGUGACGAUCACGAGCCUCAAUCGGCGAUCACAGAGGGCACUGUGGCCACUGAAGCCACCAUGAUUGAUGCUGAGCCGCAAACGGAUUCCUCGCGACUCCAGACUCCUGGGCAACCUCAAUCCCUUUACAGCCAAAUCAGUGCACUUCGGAGUCGGGAGUCUACCUCGCCCCUAUCCUCCGCUUCUCAAGCGUCUGGGGGGGCUUCCGAUCACGCCGAUCAGGUAUCUGUUCAUCUGAUGCUUCGCGAAACGACCUACCUCGACGACGAUGAAGCUGUAGAAAAAGGUUAUGCACACCUAGUAUCGAUGCCCCAGUUGGAGCACACAGACCCGCAAAGCGACGGAAGGAACUCGUGGACAUCGUCCAUAGAAGACAUACUUGAAUCUGAGGCAGGCGAGGAACCUGCUCCCGUCGUUCGAUCACGAGAGAACCAGCAUGAAGAAGAGAUCACUCAUGUGGAGCCUGAUUCACACUCAGUGUCAGAUCAUCUCAGUGUUGAAGAUGGCUCGAAUGGAGAGCACCAUGCAAGCGACGCUUAUACAAUCGUGAAUAAAGUUCUCCAACAACAAACGCCGUCGGGGGUGGUCGACCAGCAACUCGUGGAUGAUAUUUAUCAUCGCAUCAUACAAACCUCCCCAGAUUUAGCUAGCGCAGAGAAUGUCGAUGAGGAGAAAGUGCAGCGGCUAUGUCUGGAAGAACUUGAAGAGUACACUCGUCAGUGGGACCAACUCGAAUCUUCACGUCCGCAAUCAGCCGAGUCUUUUCACGUCGAAGCAAACCCGUAUGCUGGCCAUGACACGACUGAAGAGCGGGAUGAGAAUCCCACUGACUCUCCAGAUAUUCACGCUUCGAGCCAUGUCACCCCACUGCCACCCUCCAUACCACCUUCGAGCUAUCGAACUCAUCAUCGAUACAAAUCCAGUUUGGAUAGUGCAGAAGACUGGGCCGAGACGUCGCCAUCAGUCGGUGAUUGGAUGCAGUUUGCUCUGAAAUCACCGACUGAAGAAAGGCAGCCAUCUGCUCUGGCUCACGAAACGCCUACUGAAGCAGUAUCUAGAAUGUCAACGACCGAAAGUCAUCAAGGUGUCAAGGAAAACCAACUUGAGCAGGCGCCAGACGGUUUUCUACCGGUUUCGCUUGAAAGGAAUCAUAUUCCACGCCCUCCAUCCCACUCUCCACCACCUCCUCCACUGACAAAACUGCCCACUGUUGAACAGACUGCCUGGUCUGCCCCCACUGGUAUAAGACCAGCCAUGCCUCAAACGGCUCCACCGGCUCGGCCGCUCACAGCAUUAUCUCAGAUGUCUACCAGAUCAAGCAUAGACCAACAGACGAUACAUACCAUCUCCAACGAUAACAGGCCAUCUAUGGAAGAGCAAAGUCCCGAGCAACGUCGCCUGAAACAAAGAAGACACGUUCUCAAAGAGCUGGUGGAUACCGAGUAUACAUACGAAAGAGACAUGAGAGUCCUCUGCGAUAUCUAUAAACAAACUGCAAUUGCUGCCAUGAAUGACGAGGAUAUCAAGAUCAUAUUUGGCAAUGUAGAUCUGGUACAACAGUUUUCCAAAGAUUUUCUCGCCUAUCUAAAGCAGGUUGUCAGACCGGCUUACAUCAUGGAAAGAUCUGAUCGACGAAAAGACGGUAACCGUGCCUCCACAGUACAAAGCUCUGCAGCAUCUAUUGAUGGUACUGGUGAGCUGACCGACUUUGAGCGAGACGAGCUUACACGGGUGGGCACUGCGUUUGAAGCGUCGAUGAACGAUAUGGAGAAAGUAUAUACCGAUUACAUUCGAACUCGACAUGCUGCAAACAAGAGGUUGGAGGCACUGCAGUCGUCGGCCGCUGUACGAGAAUGGCUCAAAGAAUGCAGCGAGAAUUCAAGCGACAUCACCAACGCUUGGAGUUUGGAUGCACUUCUUGUCAAACCAAUACAACGUAUCACCAAGUAUCCCCUCUUACUCAAUCAGCUGCUAGAUGCAACCCCCAAUGCUCAUCCCGACGUUGAAUGCAUCCGAAGAGCAGUAGCUGAGGUGACCGAGGUCAAUGUGCGGAUCAACGAAGUAAAGAAACAUACCGAGCUUGUCGAUCAGGUACUCAACCGCAAGCGGAAAGAGUCUGAUGUACGGAAUGGUUUGACUAAGGCGUUUGGUCGACGCGCAGAAAAGUUAAGGCAACACGUGGGCAUCAAUGAAAUGCACGAAGAUCCGGAGUAUACCAAACUCAAGAUCAGCUAUGAUAACAACAUUGCACAUCUUUUCUUGGUCACCAAGGAUUGUCAAGGCUAUAUUGAAGAGAUUACCAAGUGGGUCAAUCGCCUGUGUGAGUUAGCAGCCGCUGCUGAGGCAUGGGUCGAUGUUGGGCACACGAACCACGCACAAGCCGAGAGCAAACUUCGACAAUUUGCUAUUGUCGUUCGUGGCGUCAAUUCAAUUGCACUUCCCGACCACAAUGAGCAAGUCACAAGGCGUGUUGUCCAGCCCAUGGAAAAGACAGCCACGAUGCUUGACAGGUUUAGGUCAGAUUCCAAAGGACUGAUUCAAAAGCGGGACAAGCGACUUCUGGACUACAAUCAAUUCAAAAAUAAGAAAGACAGAGGAGAAAAGAUCGAUAAGAAGAUGACUGAGCGCAUGGAGCAGUGGGAGGCUCUGAACCUCGAAGCCAAAGAGAGAAUGAAGCGACUUCUCCGAUCAACGGCUGAUCUUGUUCACACUUGUCAGGCCAAUCUUGUUCAGCUGCAUCUGAAUUGGUUGGCAAUGUGCCGGCAAAAGUUCUCGGCUGCAAUGGAGAUACCCUUGGACAAACUUGAAAAGGCCGAUAUUGUCAAAGACUGGCAAGAAGACUUUGAUUUCCAAGAAGCCACUGCAUUGUCCCUGAGCAUCUGCAAUGGGUCAUUGCUGGCAGAGGCCGUGAACAUGGUUUCGUUCUUAACGCCAGGGUCAACCUUGAUGGGCGAUGAGUCCCCGCGUCAACCGUCAUGGAACAGCGCACCGAAGCGGUCUGUGUCAACUUCUGAAGAGAUGCCCCCGGUGCCAUUGAAGGACUACUAUCACCGGAACAGUGGGGGACCGAUGAGUUCUCAAAGUGACGACCACACGGAAUGGAGUUCCUCCACAUUUGCAAAUGGGCGCAUUCGGACCGGCUCAGCUGCAUCUGGUCGAAUUCCAAAAACACCCGAGGCGGGAAGUCGUGGUGUAUCUGCGUCUCUUCAUACCGUCAACAGCACGAAUAUAUCUCGACCAGGGACUAGUCCAGGACUCUCCGCAGACAGCGCCCAACCGGCUCCCCGGUUGAGCUUUGAAGCUCCAUCUCCAUCACUUGGGCCAAGUCAGUCACAACCUCAUCUACCAGUCACAAGUGGAGCCAGUGUGUUCUCUUCCGCAAUGCCCAUGGAAGAGUACCCGGGGCCGGAAACAGAGACAGCACCUGUGGAUACAGAGCCACGACGAGAGCCUGGCGUCCUAUUCACCGCCGCUAGUGUCUACGAGUUCAACAUCGACCGCUCACGACAACAAGGCGGAUUUCGCUACCUCACAUAUGUGAUUGGGGAGAUAUUUGACAUCAUUGCCGAACACGGAGAACUGUGGUUGGCGAUCAAUCAAGACGAUCCCACGAGAGAGAUUGGCUGGAUCUGGAACAAACAUUUCGCGAAAUUGGCGACAUAA